CCCAACCACGGCACCACCGUAUGACUCCCAAUUGGUUUAGGAAUUUAAACUUGUUUCUUAAUGCUCAUUAAAUUUCUCAGAAACUCUUUGAUUUUUCUUUCAAUUUUAAGAACUUCUUUGCAAGAUUAAGACCAUUGUUGAUCUCCAGCCAUAUUUGGUAUAGCUUAAGAUAUUUGUUCGGGAGAAAACAGUGGUGAGGGUACGGAGGACGGCUAUUCUUUACAACUACAUUGUUCAUUCCACAAUCCCUCAUGGAAACAAGCAAAAACAAUGAAGAUUAUUGGGGUUGAUAGCUAUAUGGUAAGGCUGCUUGGAUCAACCUUUAGACAUGUCAAUUGGCCAAUCUAAUCUGAGAAUGCGACAGGCUGGGCAUGAUGGCAAAUGGUUUCUCUUGCAAAAGCCCAUUGAAGAUUCGGGUUUGUGUAGAAAUAGACAAGCAGAGCCAAACAUGGUGAGAAACAAGGAUCAACAGCUAGUGAUGACACUUCCUUCCGGAACUCGUAAGAGACCAUUGCCCAGUCAAUCCAUAAAUCAAAGUCUUUCUUCUGUCCAAAGAAGGAAAGUCACUGAAAAAGAUGCUAGGUGUUUGCCUUCAUCAACACACAAGUUGAACAAAUCAAUAUUUCCUACUGAUAGUACUAAUGUCAUUACAAGGAAGGCUGGUUUGAGAGAUUGCAAAGUCAUUUCAAGAACCUCAACCCACAUUCACACACAUAGUUGUGCAUCUUCUGUUGGUAGUAAUUAUUUCACCAAUGAUUAUUUCAAGGCACCAUUUGUUUCUAUGGCCUGUGGUGGUAAAAAAGUCGAAGAUACUGAUUAUUACAGUGAUGCCGAGUCAUCUACAGGAAGGGAACAGGAGGAAGAAGAAGAUUCAUGCUCUGAUGAAGAAGUAUUGGCUAAAUUCCACAGAUCAGAGCUAAGUGUAUUUCGUUCUUUUAUCAGAGCUUUGUAUGCUUCUGGACCUUUACUAAGUUGGGAAGAUGAAGGAGAAGUUUCAAAUAUUCGUGCUUUACUUCAUGUCUCUAAUGACGAAUAUUUGUUAGAGCUGAAAAAUCUAAUUUCUACUAAUAAAAAUAUAUCCGUCUGAUUGAUUGGAAUGUUA